GGAAGACCACACUUGUCAAGGCAAUUUACAAUGAUGGAACUGUAUAUAAUCUUUUUGAGUUGAGAAUGUGGGUCUGUGUAUCUGAGGAUUUUAAUGCUACAAGAUUGGUGGAAGAAAUUCUUAAAUCUACUGGCUGUAAAGUUGAUAAGAAAUCAAGUACUGAAGAUACAUUGCAGACUAGUUUGAGAGAACUUUUAAAGGAUAAAAAGUUUCUACUGGUCUUAGACGAUGUUUGGAACAAAGAUAGAAAUAAAUGGAUUGAAUUGAUAAAUUUACUUAACGGAGGAUCUCAUGGAAGUGUCGUUGUUGUAACAACACGUAGUCACAAUGUUUCUUCUAUUUUAGACCCUAUUUAUACACAUUCUUUAGAUGGUCUAUCAAAUGAAGAAUCUUUGUCUUUGUUUGUGAAAUGUGCAUUCAAGGAAGGAGAGGACAAACGACAUCCAGGCCUGUUAUCAAUUGCUGAAGAAAUAGUGAAAAAGUGUAAAGGGGUUCUAUUGGCCGUGAAGAGUUUAGGUGGUAUACUUUAUUCGAAAGUUGAUGAAAGAGAGUGGAAUUCAGUUAGAGAUAAUGAGAUUUGGGAAUUGGAAGAAAAUGAGAGAGGCAUCUUACCUGCAUUGCGAUUGAAUUAUAAUCAAAUGCUAAUUCAUUUGAAAUGAUGCUUUGCCUAUUGUGUUAAUUUCUCAAAGGAUCAUGAAUUCAACAAUUACAUUUUAAUUGAACAAUAGUUAGCACAUGGAUUAAUCCUCCGAUCACCUACUAACAAAAAACAAGAGUUGGAAGAUGUUGGAGACUUGUAUAUUAAGGAGUUAAUGUCGAGAUGUUUCUUCCAAGAUUUUGAAGAAUUUUGGUGGUGUUAUUCCUUCAAAAUGCAUGAUCUUGUCCAUGACCUUGUGCUCUCUAUUGCCCAAGAAGAAUGGUUCGAAAUAGAUGCUGACAACAAAGAAAUUACUCCGACAGUUCAUCAUUUGUCAAUUUCAGACAAUGACCAACAAGUUUCAAAGUCUUCGAAUAAGUUAACUAGUGUGCGGACCAUCAUGUACUGAACCAUACCGCACGUAUCCUCAGUUGAAGCAUGCAACUCGAGAUCCAAGUCUUUGCGGGUGCUUGAUUUAAGUACUUCUGAUUUUAAGGAUUUGCCAAGUUCCAUCGGUAUUCAAAAGUAUUUGAGAUAUCUCGACCUAUCUGGUAAUGAAUCAAUCAAGAAACUUCCUAAUUCCAUUUGCAAGCUACACAAUUUGCAAACCUUAAUGCUUGGUGGAUGUGAAAACCUUAAACGACUGCCCAAAGACAUGAGGAACUUGAUCAACCUUAGGUUUCUUAUAAUAACAAUAAAAGAUAUAUGUCUGCUCGAGAACGGAGUAUGUUGCUUUAGUUCUUUUCGGACUUUAUAUGUGUUGGAAUGUUCAAAACUUGAAUGCUUGUUUCCACAGAUGGACAGGUGCCUCACCAAUCUUCGUAAAUUGAUUUUUUAUGGAUGUAGAAGUUUGACCUAUUUGCUACCUAUUAUCAAGCACCUAACUGCCUUAAAGUCAUUAGUUAUUAAUUAUUUUCAAGAGAUGGAUUUGACGGGAGGCGGAGAAGAUGCAAAUGAUCUCAAUUUGAGACUCCAAUUCUUGCAUAUAGAAGAGUUACCAAAGUCGGAGGUUUUACCCGAAUGGCUCCUAGGAUUUGCAAACACUUUAAAGCGCCUAACUAUCAUAGGUUGUAUAAAUCUCAAGGCAUUGCCAGAGUGGUUGCCUACUCUACAAUCACUUCAGACGUUAAAGAUCAUUUCGUGCUAUGAGCUCUCAUCUCUGUCGGAGGGGAUUCAUGAUAUGAAAACAUUAAGAAAAGUGAAGAUUCAUUAUUGUUCUGAUCAACUCGAUACUUGUUUAGAAGACUGGUCGAACAUACCAGAGCUCGAACUUGAUUAUAGAAGACAUGAAACUUAUGGUGAGUAGCAACAUCGGCCUUCCACCAGCCACGAGUCCAAGCCAAUGCCAGCACGAGUGUAUGUAAUUGCAUUAAGAUAUGUAAAAUACAUAAAUAGAUACACGUAUUGACGUGUGUGUAUAAAGUGUGUGAGAUAGUUGGAUUGGUGUAUAUAUGUAUUUGCUUGAUCUGUACGUACCUAUAUAUGUUAUUAUUGCCUGAUC